AUGAGAAGGGCGAAUAUGCAUCUUCAAACACUAAUGAGGUUAACUACGCUUGUUUGGGUGCUUUCUGUACUAAAUACCGGACGGAGCAUUCUUACAUACACUUCAGAUAAUGACAAGGUUUGCCAGUCCCAGGAAUGUAGGAAUAUGGCAAAACAAAUUACCGACGCCAUCGACACUAAGGUGGAUCCUUGCGCCGACUUCUUUUCGUAUGCAUGCGGGAAAUGGAAGGAAAGCACACAAAUUCCCAGAGGCAUUUCUGCAGUUAACCGAUUCGCAGAAGCAGCGAACAGAAGAGAUCAGAAAAUGGGACAAUUACUAAAACAACUGACUUAUACCAGGGGAGACCAGUCCAUCGAUCACAAACUGGGCAUUUUAUUCAGAAAGUGCACGGAGAAGCAUUCAGGAGACAAAGAAUUAAGCGAACUCAAGCGUCUAUUCAAGGAAAAGUUUGGAAAAUGGCCGAAAAAGGUUGAAUAUAAACCCAAACGUGUUGAAUCUACGGACCUCCUGAAGACCGUCGGUUUCCUGGGUCUUCUUGGAAUAACUGUGGAUAUUAAUGUGAAUGAUAAUAGUAAAUACGCUAUUGUUAUGAAGACACCGUCGAGCGAUCCGCUAAGUUGGCAAGGUUUGCAGGCAUUAACUGCACAGCAAAAAACUGUCUACAGGGAAUACAUUGAGCGAAUGAUAACGACAAUUGACCCGGCAUUUAAAGACGCACAAAACGUCGCCAAAUCUACAUUUGACUUUGAAGGAGACCUUUCAUUUAUGAGAAGUGCACAACAGGACUCAAUGAAAUCGACUACACUUGGUACCAUUGAUAACGACUUGAAGUCGACGAUGAUAAAGUAUAAAGAGUUGAUUAAAAAGGAAUUUUCUACGCUCAAGAAAACAGUUUCCUUAACUGAUUCCCAAAUUAUUAUUGUUGAGAGCACUGCGUACCACGCCAAGGUUGAAAACGCUCUUAAAGACAAUGAACAGGAUGAGCUCUAUAACUUUCUUGGGUAUAAAUACCUAUCUCAACUCACUAAGUUCUCAAAAUCAAAUCUGUUUUUCGACUACACACGUUUCAUGAAAACUGUCGAUCCUACUUACAAUGAACCACAAGAGCCGGAUUUCACGAGCCUUUGCAUGCGGGACCUGAUGGUUACUAUGAAGCACGCUUUGGGUCAACUGUAUGUUAAGAACUUUUUUAAGGACCAACGUAUUCGGGACGAGGUAAUGGAAAUUACCACCAAAGUUAAAGAAGCCGUCAAGACAUUGGUUGACAAGACUUGGCUGCAAGUCGCAACUAGAAAGGCUGCACAAAAUAAGGUUGACCAAAUGAGCAUUUCCGUAGGAUAUCCCGAAUGGCUUUUGCAGACAUCCGAAAUUACUGCAUUGUUCAAAUAUGUUCCUCCUUUGGAUGAGAAGAAAUCGCUUUAUGUUACAAUGGUGAAGUCUGUACUAGAGAAUAAUCGGGUUAUUAAUCUGGAAAAACUAACUUCAUCAGUGGACAAGACUAAAGAAUGGUCAAGAGAUGCAGCUGAUGUGAAUGGAGAGUACAAACCCAUAACAAAUUCUUUCAUGUUAUAUGCUGGAGUGCUACAGGAGCCCCUCUACUCAUACCAAAUUCCAAUUGCUGCCAGCCUGGGAAGUUCAGGGUUUUUUGGAGGCCACGAGCUCACACAUGGCUUUGACAGUAAAGGCAGGGAAUUCGAUGCCACUGGGAAACUGUCAAAAUGGUGGACUCCACAAGAUAUAGCGGAAUUUACAAAAAACGCCCAGUGCUUUGUGAGCCAAUAUUCAGAUAUAUAUGAUGCAGAAGCCGAAGAACGACUCAGUGGAACAAGAACUGAGGUGGAGAAUAUUGCUGACAAUGGCGCGAUCAGUGCUAUUCUAUUGGCUCUCGGCAAAAUAUUAGAAACAACGCCCAGAGCGGACGUUAAACUCCCAGGACAUGAGAAUCGUUCUCCCCAGGAACUGUUGUUCCUUGCAUAUGCAAAUACAAUGUGCAACAAAAUGACGAAGGAAGCAAGAAGAUAUUACCUUCAACAAAAUCCACACAGCUUACCAAUGCACAGGGUGAACGUGCCACUGCAAAAUCACCAAGAGUUCGCGGACGCAUUCAAAUGCAAAUCGCCGAAGAAGAUGAUUCCACCUAAAAGAUGCACACUGUGGUAA